GCAUUGUUUGUGGUGUUGUGUUCUCUUAGGGUGUGACCCUUUUUUGCCAUAACCAGUCCUAGUUAAGGUGCUUUUUUGGCUUCUGGUUUGGCUUCAUAUUUCAUACCGUUCGAGUCGCAGCCAUGGUUGUCGCCCAUCCUCUUGCCUUUGUUUUCGGCCUCUUAGGCAAUGCAGUGUCCUUCAUGGUCUACCUUGCUCCAGCGCCAACCUUCUACAGGAUUUUCAAGAAGAAGACCACCGAUGGCUUUCAGUCUGUUCCUUACGUGGUGGCUCUCUUCAGUGCCAUGCUGUGGAUUUACUACGCCAUUCUCAAGGCCAACGCUAUUCUCCUCAUCUCUGUCAACAUAGUGGGCUGCUUUAUUGAAUCCGCUUACAUCUUCAUGUACAUCCUUUAUGCACCAAAGAAAGCAAAGGCCAAGACAGUGAGGUUGCUGUUGCUGCUGAAUGUAGGGGCCUUCUGCUCCAUUCUUGUUCCAUCUCAGCUCUUCGCUAGUGGGGGCAAGAGGCUGAGGAUCUUGGGUUUUGUCUGCUCUGCCUUCGCCGUCAGCGUCUCUGCAGCUCCCCUGUCCAUCAUGAGGUUGGUCAUACGCACCAAAAGCGUGGAAUUCAUGCCUUUCUUCCUGUCCUUCUUCCUCACAUUGAGUGCCGGUGUGUGGCUCGUCUACGGCCUCCUCAUCAACGAUCUAUUUGUUGCGCUCCCAAAUGUUCUGGGCCUGACCUUUGGAACAACCCAGAUGGCCUUGUAUCUGUACUACAAGAACAAGUCUCCCAUUGUAACAGACGAGAAGCUGCCUGAACAAGCUGUGUCCGUGAAUCUGAGGGGAGGCUCAGAAGUUUAUCCAGUCAAUACCAAGGCUGACGAAGCCGAGAAGCUCGCUGAGGUCCGCCUCGAAGUGGAACGGCCGGAGACAGAAGCUCCUCCUGAUCUUGAGAGCAUUGCAGCUCAGCCUCAACUCAGGGAAGUAGAGGUGGUUACUGCUCUGCAUCCCAUUAGAGAACUAGAGGUGGUGACAGUGCCUGCACUCAGGGCAGUGGCGGUGGCCUAGACCAGUAGAUCAUCAGGCUAUGCAUGUCCCUUGGGAUGGCCACACCAAGGUUCAUGCAGAGAAAACUGAAGAACUGGCUUCUUCCUUUUGGGGGAAGAGUUGGGGAGGCUUGGAUGUGAAGUUUGUAUGGUGUUGGAGGGAUGGGUGCAUAUUGUUGGUAAUGCAUGUAUGAAAUAAUUUACAUUGUAGGUUAGAGCUUGGCAGCCAUGCAACAAGCUUUGUAUCACUUUGGUUUUGUGAUUGUGAUGUUUGGAUAUGUGUCUUUAUGUGAUCAGACUAUAUA